AUGAUGGGGGCCACGGGGCCGGGGGGCCUGGACAGCCGAGGCUCCCCCUCGCCAGGCACAACGGGCGCCGGCCUUUCUCGGGACGACGGCACCAGACACAGCGUCACGUUCCCUGAGCCGCUGCCGGCUCUCCGCGCUCUCCAGCCAGUGGUGUACUCUGUCACCUGCGCCACGGGGCUAGCGGGCAACGCAGCCGUCAUCUGCGUGACCCUGAGAGCGCCCAAGAUGAAGACGGUGACCCACGCGUUCACUCUGAACCUGGCCAUCGCCGACGGACUCUCCACACCGCUGCUGGCCGCCACCGUCGCCGAGCACGUGCUGCAGCGCCGGCCCCUUGGGGAGCUGCUCUGCAAGCCGGUGCUGGCCAUCGACCACUGCAACACCUCCUCCAGCGUCUACUUCCUGGCCGCCGUGAGCAUGGCCCACUACCUGGCGGUGCUGGCCGCGGUGCGGUCCCGCCACAUGCCCCGGCACGCUGUCCGCAGGGCCCAGAUCGCCAGCCUGUGCAUCUGGCUGGGUGUCACUGUCGCAAUGCCGCCCUUCCUCACCUUCCCCAGAGUCUGCAGCGAGGAGCUGCAGGUCGCACGCUGCGGGCUGAGCUUCCCACGGCCUGAGUGGGCCUGCUUCCAGGCGAGCCGCAUCCACACGCGGGCCCCCACGUGCACCCUCUGUGUUCUCUACGCGGACCUGCUGCGGAGGCUGCAGGCCCUGCGGCUCCACUCCGGAGCCAAGGCUCUGGGCAAUGCCAAGCGCAAGGUGAGUCUCCAGGUCCUGGCUGUGCUGGCCGUGGGCCUGCUCUGCUGGACGCCUUUCCGCCCGGUCUCAGUCGUGGCCCUGACCACAGACCUGCCCCAGACGCCUCUGGUCAUCGCCUCCGAUGUCGUCACCGGCCUCAGCUACGCCAGCUCCUGCCGCAACCCCUUCCUCUAGGCCUUCCUGGACCACAGCUUCCGGAAGAGCCUCUGCACCACGUUCCAGUGCCCGGGGACAUGA